AUGUCUAAUUGUGUUAACACACUUUCUUCCAUUAAGAUUGACCUAUUCUCUUUAAAUCACCAACAACAACCUCUUGAAAUUUCCACUGCUCAACUUCAUCCUCACCAUUCCAAAAUAGAAUUCCAGAGGGAGCUCCCACAUAGAGUUAUUGCUCUACCACAAAUCUUUCACGAUUGUGUGGCUGAAUCCAAGUCUGUUGAAAACAACCACAACAGUGUCAUAGGGAUUUUUCGAACAAUACACAGUUAUGAAGAAGUCACAAAACAUAGAAAUUUUAAACGUUGUAAUUACAUCUACAAUUGCCGAUGA